AUGAAUCCCAAAUCAGGGUUAGGGUUUCUUCUUCUACUGUUAUUCAGCUAUUCAAUCGAAUCAAAGUGCAGCAAAGGCUGCGAUUUGGCUCUAGCAUCCUACUAUGUUUGGCAAGGAGCAGAACUCUCGUUCAUUGCCCAAGUGAUGCAAUCAAGCAUCUUAAAAUCAUCGGAUUUCGACACCAUCCUCCUUUACAAUCCUCAAGUACCAAACAAAGACAGCCUCCAAGCUUUCAUCAGGAUUAACAUCCCGUUCCCUUGCGACUGCAUCAACGGUGAAUUCCUAGGCCACGUCUUCAACUACAACGUCAGAUCUAACGAUACCUAUGGUCAGGUCGCCAAUACAUACUAUGCCAAUUUGACCACGGUUUCGUCGUUGCUUCACUUCAAUAGCUACCCCGAGACUAAUAUACCGGAUAACGGAGUGCUUAAUGUGACUGUUAAUUGUUCGUGUGGGGAUAGCACAGUUUCUAAGGAUUACGGCUUGUUUAAUACAUACCCGCUCCGACCCGAUGAUAAUUUGGAGUCGAUUGCCAAUCAGGCCAAUGUUACGACGGACUUGCUGCAGCGGUAUAAUGUUGGUUUCGAUUUUAGUCGACGGAGUGGUGUGGUUUAUAUCCCAACCAAAGAUGCAGAUGGUAGCUACCGGCCCUUGAAGUCGAGCACAGGAAUAGCAGGUGGAGCUAUUGCUGGCAUAUCUUUAGCAGCAGUAGCUGUGGCACUGUUGUUGGCAGUUCUUAUAUUUGUGGGAUUUUACCGAAAGAAGAAGGAGAAGGAGGCAGAAUUGCUGUUGGCAUCUCAACAACUCUCUCCACGAAUUGUGCAUGCACCUGGAAGUAACUCUGAUAAACCUGUGGAUGCAACUGGGUCCCAAGGUCUUACAGGCAUAACUGUGGACAAAUCAGUGGAAUUCUCUUACGAAGAACUUGCCAAGGCCACCGAUGACUUUAGUCUGGCAAAUAAGAUUGGUGAAGGAGGCUUUGGGUCUGUAUACUAUGCAGAACUGAGAGGCGAGAAAGCUGCAAUCAAGAAGAUGGACAUGCAAGCAUCAAAAGAAUUUUUAGCUGAGCUCAAGGUUUUAACAAAUGUUCACCACCUGAACCUGGUCCGAUUAAUAGGAUAUUGUGUUGAGGGUUCUCUUUUCCUUGUAUACGAGUACAUUGAAAAUGGAAACUUAAGCCAGCAUUUGCGUGGCUCUGGAAAGGAUCCAAUGACAUGGUCUACAAGAGUGCAAAUUGCCCUUGAUUCAGCUAGAGGCCUUGAAUACAUCCACGAGCAUACUGUCCCUGUUUAUAUUCAUCGUGACAUUAAAUCGGCAAACAUAUUGAUAGACAAGAAAUUCAGAGGAAAGGUUGCAGAUUUUGGAUUAACAAAACUGACUGAGGUUGGAAGUGCAUCAAUCCCUACUCGUCUUGUGGGUACCUUUGGGUACAUGCCGCCAGAAUAUGCGCAAUAUGGUGAUGUUUCUCCAAAAGUAGAUGUUUACGCAUUUGGGGUUGUCCUCUAUGAACUUAUUUCUGCUAAGGAAGCUAUCGUCAGGACAGAUGGUUCUGGUGCUGAAUCAAGGGGCCUCGUUGCAUUGUUUGAAGAUGCUCUUAAUCAGCCUGAUCCUAGAGAAGACCUUCGGAAAUUAGUUGACCCAAGGCUUGGUGAAGACUAUCCUCUUGAUUCAGUUUGCAAGAUGGCCCAGCUUGCCAAGGCAUGCACUCAAGAGAAUCCUCAGUUGCGGCCGAGUAUGAGAUCUAUUGUGGUUGCCUUAAUGACUCUUUCAUCCGCGACAGAGGAUUGGGAUGUUGGCUCCUUCUAUGAAAAUCAAGCUCUUGUCAAUCUAAUGUCAGGAAGAUGA